CCCUUCCGCCUCGCCGGUGGCGGCGGCCCCUGCCCGAGUCUCCUCAGGGUUGGGGGGCGGGUUCCUUGGCCAGGACGUCCGAGCCGGUAGAGCCGCGCCCGGGUCCGAUGGCGAUGAACUGCAACGCCAAGGACGAGGUGGACGGCGGGCCCCCGUGCGCGCCGGGGGGCGCCGCGAAGACGCGGAGGCCGGACAACACGGCCUUCAAGCAGCAGCGGCUGCCCGCCUGGCAGCCCAUCCUCACGGCGGGCACCGUGCUGCCGACGUUCUUCGUCGUCGGCCUCAUCUUCAUCCCCAUCGGCAUCGGCAUCUUCGUCACCUCCAACAACAUCCGCGAGGUCGAGAUCGAUUACACCGGAACGGAGCCUUCCAGCCCCUGCAAUAAGUGUUUGUCCCCGAAUGUGACACCUUGUGUUUGCACCAUUAACUUCACGCUGGAAAAGGCAUUUGAGGGCAAUGUGUUCAUGUAUUACGGCCUGUCUAAUUUCUAUCAAAAUCAUCGUCGCUACGUGAAAUCUCGAGACGACAGUCAGCUCAAUGGAGAUGCUGGUGCUUUAAUUAAUCCCAGUAAGGAGUGUGAGCCUUACCGAAAAAAUGAAGACCUGCCAGUGGCUCCCUGUGGAGCUAUUGCCAACAGCAUGUUUAAUGAUACCUUAGAGUUGUUUCUGGUCUCCAAUGAGUCUGAUCCCACACCUACACCUAUUACUUUGAAAAAGAAAGGCAUUGCCUGGUGGACAGAUAAACACGUGAAAUUCAGAAACCCUUCUGGAGCGGGAAGCCUGGAAGAACGAUUUAAAGGAACAACAAAGCCAGUAAACUGGCGUAAGCCGGUGUACAUGCUGGAUUCGGAUGAGGACAACAAUGGCUUCAUCAAUGAGGACUUCAUCGUUUGGAUGCGCACUGCGGCGCUGCCUACUUUCCGGAAGCUGUAUCGUCUCAUAGAACAGACGAGUGAUUUGCGUCCGACGUUGCCCGCUGGGCAGUACUAUUUGAACAUCACAUAUAAUUAUCCUGUGCAUUCCUUUGAUGGACGGAAGCGGAUGAUCUUGAGCACUAUUUCGUGGAUGGGAGGAAAAAAUCCAUUUCUGGGGAUUGCUUACAUCACCGUUGGAUCCAUCUCUUUCCUUCUGGGAGUCGUCCUGCUAGUGAUUAAUCAUAAAUAUAGAAACAGUAGUAACACCGCUGACACCAUGGCGUUUUGAGGUUGGCGCAUAAAACUCUUUUUAAAAAGCAGUCUUUGUCCUUUGCUUCUUCCAAACUGUGGAUGACUUAUACAAACACACGACACGUUUAAAAUUUAGUCAUGUUGCUAUCAGUGCUGAGUGUGCUGAGCUUGCAUCUUAACGUUUGCUGCUUACGAGACAGCGCACACGGUGCGUGUAGCUUUUCACAGAAGGGGCAUUUCCUGCUUAAGUGCUUGUGCUGUCGGUAUGUCAUGGAUACACGAUGCUGUACAUGUGUGCCUCUUGCGUGACAAGAGGGGCUGUACGAUGCAUGCACUGCAGGCAUGGCGGCGUACACCUGUGAUCCCGUCCCUCGGGAGGCUGGGCAGGAGGGUCGCCGUGGGCUCAAGGUCAGCCUGCACUGUUAGUGAGAUCCUGUCUCAAAACAAGAUGUGCGGGUAUAGUCACUUGCUAACCUUUGGACUCAGAGUCACAAAAUAUGGAAAAACUCCAAUAUAAGUCCUUCAUCACUGUUUGCCCUGGGUAAAGGCGUGGACUGUCUGUGUUUAGUGUUCCAUGGAUUGAGUUAGUCUGUGGUUACAGUUUUUGAUCAAGCACAGCAUUGAUUUCAAAGGACAUGCUUGUCUUGUCUAGUAUGAAAAGUAAUGUGCAUGUCUAAAGAGGGCAGGAGUGUCCUGGACAGGAUUUAAGUUUCUUCUUUUUACCUGUUAAAACAUUACACUCAGGAACCCCAGCUUAGCUGAAUUGUCUUAUGUAUGGUCAUUCCCUUGAAGCUUAGUUUUAUAAGGGAAAAGAAGGUGACAUGCACACUCUUCAGCAGACCUCCGUCCCCUGCCCCCGCUGUAAGGUAGCGGUCUGAGCGCAGAGGGGUCUAUGCUGCUCGUUCUUGUGGUCUAACAUCCAGAGUCUUCCUUCAGCACUGCAGACACCUCAGGCUGCCCUCACUUGGCAGGUAAGUGUUUUGGCCUAACAUGUUGAAACUUUGACUUCCUCUGUGUCUCCUUCAAGUUUUGCCUACAGGCUGUAUACACAAGUAUAGAGGAGGAUGCGGGGUCUCCUUGUGUCAGUUUGGUUGGUUUUCCAAGACAUGCUUUAGGAAGACGUUCUGUAAAUUUUCUACUUAAGUUCUGGGAAUUGGGGAACAUGUACAUGGAGAUUAUUAAUGAGAAUUAUUUUAAUAUUGCUUAGUGAAUAAAUGCUGUAUUUGUUUA